AUGACCGCUGAUCAAACGGAAACAGCUACACUGCUGAUUCUAUCGUCGGAUAUAGUGAAGAAUCCAGAUCAGGUCCAAGAACAAAUCAAUAACCUAUCAACGGAGUCACAGGUGUUCCAUCAUCAACUGCUGGAGAGAAUCACAACGAAGACUAUUGAACUGACUAGGAACUUUUAUUCCCAUAUUCAUAUCGCUGAUGCUACUGGAAAAUCGGUUGCUCUCGAUGAUAACACUGCUGAUUUACUUUUUGGAUGUGCUAGAAAUGGAUGUAGAUUAACUGGCCAGAUCGAUGGUUCCCCUCAGUCGUCUCUUCCUUUGCUUUUAGCAGGCUUUAUAAAAGAAUCUGACCUGUUUGUGAAGCCAGCCAGAGAACCAGCGACCGGUGUACCAACGGUAGCAUCGAUCUCUUUAAAGAAGAAAACCAACGGUGCCUCAAAAUCGUCACUUCCUCAGUUUAAAAGAUUGCAUCCUACUUCUGUAGCUUCUGCGGACCCUGCCUCAUCUGUUGUCAAACUGAAUCUUGAUCUCGACGAUGAUGAUGAGCUUAUCGAUGAGAAUGAUCUUAUGAGUGACGAGUCUUCUCUCCCAGCGGCUAUUGUGAUUCCUGCAAAAUGUGAUCCAGGCCCAGGUAGAAAGCGCCGAAAGGCUUGUAAGGACUGUACUUGUGGUCUCAAGGAAGUUGAAGAGCAGGAGUUAGAAGAGCAAGAAAAGAAGUUGCAAGAGGUUGCCAGCAAGAAUGUGGUUACUCUUGGAUCGGAUGAUAUGGCUGAGAUUGAUUUCACUGUCCCUGGAAAGGCAGUAGGAGGAUGUGGUAGUUGUGCUUUGGGCGACGCAUUUAGAUGUGACGGUUGCCCUUACUUGGGCCUUCCACCUUUUAAGCCUGGUGAAAUAGUUAGCAUUGGGUUUGGACGAGACGAUUUAUAA